CUCUAUCAUAAACGAUGCUAUAUAUAUAAAUAUAAAGUAUACAGAUGUGCAGGAGGAAGGCAGGCAGGGCCUGGGUGCAGCAGUAAAAUCCUAAUAGCUUCAUUCCUUGUCCUAUUCAAGGAUCUUGAAACAUCAUUCAAUCUCAUUUCACAAUCCCAUGGUCCUUCAUUGCCAGCAGCUUGUAUUCAAAUCCUCCAUGAUAAUGUAGAGGAAGAUAAAAAGUCCAAAUAAAACUUCUCUGUAUGUCACUCAAAACACUCCUCUUAACCCUUCAAACCCCCCAUAUAGGACCCAUCUCUGAUUCUUCCCCAAACUCAUAAAUCCAAAAUCCAUUUUUGUUAUUUUCUCCUAUUCCUUUGCUGUUUUUUUUUUGGUACUUAUAUCCCCCUUAUUUUCUCUUGCCCACCCCCCUAUCCCACCCCACCUAUUUCAGAUCCUCCAUUUCCCUUUUGAGUUCUUUUUCUUUAAUUUUUUUUUCUACCUUUUGCUUUAUUCUCUCCCUCUCUUUCAUUAAAAUUUUUUUUUUUCCAAUUUUCUUUCACUCUCUCUCUCUCUCUCUCUCUCUAUCACUGUCAAUUUUUUACAGUUUCUGAAGGACCAUCAGAAGAGAAAUUCCCAAAACCCAUCACUUCUCUCUAUAAAUUGAGCAACAACCAUUUGUUUGAAAACCAGGUCUUUCUUUCUUACUUUUUCUCUCUCAAAAACCACACCUACCCAAUACCCAUUCUUCCAAGCAAAAAAUAAAAACACUUUUUUUUGGUUUUCUUACUCAAUCUCUCUCUUCUACAAAUUUACAAAAUUUUGACCCUCCAAACCCAAAAAUUUUUAAAAAAAAAAAAGGAUGAAAGAAUACUGGACCUCUUUGGCUUCCCUUCUGGGUGUUUUAGCCUUCUGCCAGAGCCUCCUCCAGGCAGUUUUCCCACCGGAGCUCCGUUUCGCUGUCGUGAAGCUCUUCAACCGGAUCUUCAACUGGUUCUCCUCCUACUGCUACUUCGACAUCACCGAGAUCGACGGCGUCAAUACCAACGAGCUCUACAACGCCGUCCAGCUCUACCUGAGCUCUUCCGUCUCCAUCACCGGAAGCAGACUCAGCCUCACCCGCGCGUUGAAUGCUAGCGCCAUUACUUUCGGUCUCUCCAACAAUGACUGCAUCGUCGACACCUUCAACGGCGUCACGGUGCUGUGGGAACACGUGGUGACGCAGAGACAAGCCCAGACAUUCUCAUGGCGUCCACUGCCGGACGAGAAGAGAGGAUUCACGCUGCGAAUCAGGAAGAGAGACAAGCCCGUGAUAUUGAGCUCCUACAUGGACUACAUAAUGGAGAAAGCCAACGAAAUCAGGAGGAAGAACCAGGACCGGCUUUUGUACACCAAUUCACGUGGCGGGUCGUUGGACUCUCGGGGCCACCCUUGGGAAUCUGUCCCAUUCAAACACCCCAGCACGUUCCACACGCUGGCUAUGGACCCCGCAAUGAAAGAAGAUAUCAUGGAAGAUCUUCGAGAGUUCGCCAAUGGCCAAUCUUUCUACCAGAAAACUGGACGCGCUUGGAAAAGGGGUUAUUUGCUCUAUGGUCCUCCUGGUACUGGUAAAUCCAGCAUGAUUGCUGCAAUGGCUAAUUAUCUUGGUUAUGAUAUCUACGAUCUUGAACUCACUGAGGUUCAUACCAAUUCCGAGCUCAGGAAAUUGCUGAUGAAAACCACCUCCAAAUCCAUUAUUGUCAUCGAGGACAUUGACUGCUCCAUUAAUUUGACUAAUAGGAACAAGACCAACAACGGCCCUGCUGGUGGUGGUUCGAAAAACCCCAGGAAUUAUUACGAUUCCUCGGAUAUUCGAGGUGGGUCGGGUUCCGGCGAAGAUGGUGGAGGGAAUUCGAUUACGCUUUCUGGGCUGUUGAAUUUCACCGAUGGGUUGUGGUCGUGUUGUGGGAGCGAGAGGAUUUUCGUGUUCACCACCAAUCAUGUCGAGAAGCUUGACCGGGCAUUGCUGAGGAGUGGUAGGAUGGAUAUGCAUAUCUAUAUGAGCUACUGUACUUUUCCGGCAUUGAAGAUUCUGAUAAAGAAUUAUCUGGGUUACGAGGAGAGCGAUUUGGAGGGUGAUAUUUUGGAGGAAUUGGAAGCGGUUGUUGAUAAAGCCCAGAUGACUCCGGCGGAUGUCAGUGAGGUUCUGAUCAAGAACCGGCGGUUCAAGCUCAAAGCGGUGAGGGAAUUAUUGGAGAUAUUGAAGGUGAGAGCCGAGAGAAACCGGAACAAUGCAGGGUUGAGAGAGAAGAAUGGUAACGGUGUUGAAGAAGAAGAGCAAGAGAAGAGGGCCUUGGAGAGUAGUCCUAACAAAGAAGGAUUUGAUCAGUUUCAAGAAACUUGCAAGAAAGGAGAUGGUGAUGAUGAGAGUGAAAGUGAUCAGAAAGAAGACGGUUUGAUAGAGAAAUGAAGGCUUGGGUUCUGGGUUUUUCUUCCUUUUUUUUUUUUUUUCCCUUUUUGUUUAUUUUUAUUAAUCUUCUUUUGCUUCUCACUUCACAGAGAGGGAAAUGGAAAAAUGAUUGAAUUCACGAAUACUUUUUUAGACCUUUUCAUAGUCGGGGUUUUUUGGUGGGUUUUCUAUGGAGAGCUAUCUGAUUGAGAAAACCAGAGUAAGCAAAACUAGAAGACAAAACUUAAGUAUCUAAAUAACUUAUUGUUACAAAAACCUGUCUUGCUAGCUGGAAUAAGGUGAGCAAUGUUAAUACUUUAUGUUACAUAAGGUAAAAGAAAAAAAAAAAAAAAAAGUGCAGCUUAUUUGCAUGUAGUUUGGUGGCUAGAAUAUGGAUAUCCUUUUCCAUGUUACUUUUUUUUUCUCAUAAUGAAAAUGAAAGAAAUGCUUUUCCAAAUUCAUAA